AUGCUCUCCCUCCGCCGCAUCACCACCUCCCCCACCAUCACCUCCCUCCCCCGCCGCGCCCUUUCCACCACCCCCCUCCGAUCCCUCAAGGAGUCUAACAGCGCCGACCCCUCCCCCCAAAACUUCGACCACCACAAACAAGACUCCCUCUCCAAGCAAAAAUCCGGCAAAGGCCACUGGAAGCCCGAGCUCGCCUCCAACAGCGAAGAAGCCGUAAAGGCCGACCGCAGCUCCGGCUCCUCCUCCAUCAAGGACCUCCAGGAAAAGACCAAAAAGGCGGCCGAGGAGAACGCCAAAGCCGGUACCAGUAUGGAUGAUGGCCUUUCGAAACAUAUUCAGUGA